AUGUGGCCGAAAGGGAACGCUCUCCUGCGGGAGCAGCUCCAGAGAGCGAAGGAGGGGACUUGGGCCCUUCCAGGAGAUGUUGGAAAAGUGAGGGUGGAUGGGAUGAGGGCGCGGGAGGAGCUGGAAGGGAAGGAGAGAGAAGGGGGCCGGGAAUUGGUCGUUGUGUAUGGUGUCCGAAGCUUCCGCGUGAUUAAAGAACAGAACAAACGAGGUCGGCCAUGGUCCCUCAGCAAGGACAACCCCUGCCCAGGUCUGUACCAGACUCCUGAAUCCUUGACUUUUCUCGGUGUCCUUGUAGAAGAAGGUAGAGAACCUCUGGCUGUGGAUGGGAAUGUGCCGACGUGUGUAGCUCACUUUGCAAGUCUGCUGGGCAGAGCCGCGACCCCCGAGUGGGUGUGCGAAGGGUGCCAGCGAGUCAUUUCGGACCGGGUCCUGCUGCGCCUCAACGACAGCCCGUGGCACAAGCAGUGUGUCCAGUGCGUGUCCUGCAAGGAGCCCCUGCGGACCACCUGCUUCUAUCGCGAUAGGAAGCUCUAUUGCAAGCUGGACUACGAGAAGCUCUUUGCGGGGAAGUGUGCCGGAUGCCUGGAGGCCAUCGCGCCCAGCGAGCUGGUGAUGCGCGCCCAGGAGAGCGUCUACCACCUGCGCUGCUUCUGCUGCCGCGUCUGCCAGCGGCGCCUGCAGAAGGGAGACGAGUUCGUGCUGAAGGAGGGGCAGCUCCUCUGUAAGGGCGACUACGAGAAGGAGCGGGAGCUGCUGAGCUUGGUGAGCCCGGCUCUGUCGCAUUCUGGCAAAAGUCGUGAUGAGGACAGCGUCUGCAAACGGGGCCGAGUGUCGGGGAAGGGUGCUGAGGACAGGAAGGAUCACAAACGGCCCAAGAGACCCCGGACAAUCAUAACUGCGCAGCAGCGGAGGGCACUCGAGGCAUCGUUUGAGGUCUCCUCCAAGUCAAGCAGGAAGGUGCGGGAGAUGCUGGCAGCUGAGACGGGGCUGAGCGUCCGUGUGGUGCAGGUCUGGUUCCAGAACCAGCGAGCAAAGAUGAGGGAGCUCACCAGGAGGCAACAGCAGCAGCAGCAGGAUCCGCAAAAUACCCAGCACCUGAGCUCAGCCCAGACAAAUGGUGGUGGCAGCGCGGGGCCGGAGGGGAUGCUGAACCCCUACGCUGCUCUGCCCCCACCCCAGCAGCUGCUGGGCAUGGAGCAAAGUGUCUACGGCUCCGACCCCUUCCGGCAAGGGCUCCCCCCGCCGCAGAUGCCCGGAGACCACGUGCACCCCUACACUAAGGCUCCAGG